AUUAAACACAUGUCACAACAAAUUAUUAUAAGCCCCCCUUUAGGUAGAAAAUAGUGACAUAAGAAAAGAACACAAUGCCCCCUUCUGAAAUUGUUUUCCCUCUGCUUCUUUUCUCACCAAAAACUCGUCUAAAAAAGACCCUUUUACACAAAUACUACAUAGCUAUGAAAUUUACAAAAAGAAACAUCAUCCCACUUCUUGUUUUUGUCUUAUCAUUUGCUUCCAUACUCAGACUUAUCAAGAUUUCUGUAAUUACUUCCUAUUCCUCUCCUAUUUUCUCUGCCUUGUCUCUAGUUGAACACCGCCACAAUCUCCUAAUGGAGAAAGAAAUCAACUUUCUCUAUGAUCUUGUAUCGCGAAAAUCCCCCUGCAAUAUUCUUGUUUUCGGGCUUGAAACACAAUACUCUUCUCAAAUCUCAACCAUCAAUAGGGGUGGAAUAACUGUCUUUCUUGAGGACAACCCCGCGAAGAUCAAGGCUAAUAAUUCCACGAGUAAUACUAAUAGUACUCGAAUUCAGAGAGUCGAGUAUCAAACAGUUGCUAGAGAUGCAUAUAAGAUUUUAAAACAUGCUAGACAAAACCAAAAACACUGCUACAUAUCAGCUAGUGAUAGAGCCAAACAUGAUCUGCAUAGUAAUUCAUCAAGAAAGUGCAAAUUGAUGUCACUUGUCACAAAAGUUCCUAAGGAAGUGUAUAAAGUGAAGUGGGAUUUGGUGAUUGUAGAUGGACCAGAUGGAGAUAACCAAGAAUCACCAGGAAGAAUGGCUGCAAUUUAUAUUGCUGGUGUACUAGCAAGAAGCAGCAAGAACAAGAAUGGGACUCAUGUAUUGGUACAUGAUGUUGAUAGAAUGAUUGAGAAGUGGUUUUCUUGGGAAUUCUUAUGUGACACUAAUUUGGUUUCUUCUAAAGGGAAAUUCUGGGAUUUUAACAUACUAGCAAAACCAAAUGCCACUACAUUUUGUCCUACAUAAUUGAACAUAUAGUGUCUGCUAUUGUAGAAGAAAUUCUUUUGUUUGCUAUUAGAUCUAGGCAUUCAGCUUAUGUUUAUUUCAUUACCAUAUAUAUUUUCCCUUAAUUAUCUUGAGAACCCAUCUUAAGUAUCUCUUUGUAAAUUAGCUCACUUCUAUACAUGCUCCAUUCAUUAAUCUUUUAAAUCUU